AUGUCAAGUUCAAUAAAAACUUUUAGGUAUUGUAAAAUAGCUGGUCACUAAUCAAAAAGGAUUAUAAGAAUUUGUGUUUCAAAUUAAACAUGUACAAAUAGAUAUUUAUGUGAAUUAUGUUUGAAAUCAUAAUAACAUCAACAUAUUGAUCAAUGUAUAAGUAUUGAUCAAUUUCUGUAAAGAAUCAAUCAAAUUAAAAUGAAUUACAAAGAUGCAAAUAAAAUUGAAGAGAUAUCUUAAAUACUCAAAAAUAAAAUAAAUUCUUGUAUGUCUAUAAUUCAAUAACAAUUCUCAUUAUUAGAGGAUAGAGUUGAAGGCAUCAAAACAAAUAUUAGAAAUAGUUUUACAAAUAUUACUUAAGUCUUAGAUUAGUUGGCUUCCAAUCCUUUAGGAUUUAAUGAUGAAAAUCUAAAUAGAAACUUAUAUUAUCUUUAAGAGGAAAGCUGGAAUGAGUUUUAAAUAUCUGUAAAUAAAGGUUCACAUAUAAUGAAAUAAUAUUUCAACAAUUUACAUGAAUAAUCACUUAAAUUUAAAUUAACAACUGGACAUUCAUAAUAAGGAAGCACUGCCCAAUUAUUAUAGAUUCCAGAGACUAUAUGGCGUUUAAAAGGAAUUGAUCAAUCUUUUGAAUCCUAAUUACCAUAUCGUUAAGAUAUCUCCAGAUUCAUAAUCUAUUACUCUGCAUAAACUUAAGAGCUGAU